AUGUGUAGGUACAUGAUCGCCAUUGCGACCUAUCUUGGCACCCGCCGCUGGUCCCUCGCCUGGACGCUCUAUCAGAUUUCCUACGAGAAGACUCUCAAGGCGCACUACGUGAUCGGCUCCGUCGCAAGCAUCUACAUGCUGUUGCACGGGAUCCUCUACAUGGUGGCCUUUGGUCCGGACAUGCUCCCGGAGCAUCAGGUGACCACGGCUUACACGCUGCUGGCUUGUAUCUGCAUCGUCUUCCCUUUCAGCAUCAACAACUUCCGAGUGAGAUGGUACAGCGUCUUCAAGAUCACCCAUUUCUUGGCGCCGGUCAUCGUGAUCGUAGCCAACCUGCACAUUAUGUCGCUCAAUGUGGAUGGUUUGCUUUGCCGUGGCUUUUGGGGUGCCAUGAUUUGGAUUGCCUCGGCCGCCAUUUUCUGGAUCGGGGACUUCCUGUAUAGCCGCUACGAUGUGCUGAUGGUUCCCACCAGAGUGGUUGGCACCCCACGUUUGCUACCCUCUGACGGAGGGCCUGCACACAUUGCCGUGAAGCUGCGCAAGAAGACGACGCUGUUUCCUGGGGCCUGGCUCUCAGUGGCCUCUUUGGAUGCGGGCUCCGCACUUAGCCAUCCCUUCACCGCCAUCGUGCGGAAGUGUGGUGGCGUGGACAAGGAGUACGCCGAGGUCGAGUUCUUGUGGAAGGUGUGCCCCGGCAAGACGUGGACGCAAGCCUUGCAAGACAAGAUCGCACAGGCGAGCCCAAAUCGCCCCUUGACGUUCUACAUGUCGGGCCCCUAUGGGGGAGGAUUGGGCUGCCUGGAGGCCAUGAGAGUUAUCAUCUUUGUGGUGGGCGGAGUCGGGGUUACCCCUGCUGCAUCCAUGGUGCCCCACCUCAUCCGUGGCGGCAAGGACGUCUACGUGAUUUGGAGCUGCCGAAGUGCAUCACUCAUCCAGCACAUCUCUGGGGAGUACUUCAACAGCGCCUGUGGAGCUUACUUUGACAGAAAUCCCGACCAUCGCCGUAUCCACUACAGUGGAAAGACCGCGGACGUCCUGCCUCCCUACGUUUUGAAAGGUCGUCCAAACAUUCCGGAGAUUGUUGGGUCUGCUGCGCAGAGCGCACUGAAGCGAGAAAUUCUGGACAUCGGUGUUUUCGUUUGUGGUCCCGGGGCUCUGGUUGAUGACAGCCUGAAAGCAGCCAAGAUGUAUAGCGACCCCGGGACAGGAACGCCUACAUGCGCCCUCGAACUCCAGGUUUCCAUGCCGAGCCAACUGCUGGAGGUCAGCUCUCCAACGCACGCCGACCUGGAGGUGGCGCUGGGCAUCUGCGAGGCACAGGUGGACUUGUCUCUCCCCACGAUGCCCGACUCGGAGGUGGUACUACUCUUCCAGGUUGCCGAAGCGACGCCACCUCGUUGCUGGAUAGAAGCAGACGAUGAGGACGAGGACCGAGGAGUCCUAUACUCGGUCCUGUAUCCGGAGGAGGCUUCCCUUGAGCAUCUUUGGCCCUGUCCGACAGCGCCCACCUUGCCAAAGGACUUCAUAUUCUUGCUGGACCGUUCCGGCUCCAUGCAGGGCAUGCAGAUUCAGAAGGCAGCCGCAGCACUGCAACUCUUUUUGAGGAGCCUGCCGGUGGGAUGCCGCUUCGACAUUGUGGGCUUCGGGACUACCUGGACGUCCCUCUUCGGUGAGAGCCGGCCAUACAACGCAGAGACAUUGCAGAAGGCGAGCGAGCAUGUGAAGAACGUCAGGGCAGAUCUCGGUGGUACUGAAAUCCUGGCGCCGUUGAGAGCCCUCCUCAGCAUGCCACCCUCACCUGGCUUCGAGCGCCGUCUCGUCCUGCUAACAGAUGGCCAAGUCUGCAACACUGCUGCCGUGCUGGACUUCGUCCGAAAGAAUGCGAAAGCGACAAACAUCUAUACAGUCGGCAUUGGCAACGGCGUGUCCCACGAGCUCGUGGAAGGCCUAGCACAGGCUGCCGGAGGGUCGGCAGAGUUUGCAGCGUGGUCUGAAACCUUGGAUUCGAUCGUGGUGCGCCAGUUGGGGCGUGCUUUGAAAGCAAAGGCGCCGCGCUUGACGCAGGCCUCGCUUGAUGGGGUGCGCUUUGCGGCAGUGGCCCCAGCGGCACUUUCUGGGCACCAAGAGCGAGGAGCCGCACACGGCGAUGCUGGCAUUUGCUGCUCCGGGGAGAAAGUCGUCGUGGCUGCGACCAUUCCUGAAGGUCUCAGCCAAAUCGCAGGUGACUUUCAGCUUCACUUCGUGAGGGGCGACGGGAUGGAAAGCAGCCUCACUCUGACCCCCACGCGGCUCUCUUCGCGAGGGAGCUUGAGGAAGAUGGCUGGCAAGGCAUUGAUCGAGGAUGCCGUGGCCAGCCUCCACCUUCUAACGGCACAGGAGAGGCAGCGGCACGAGAAGCUCAUCGUCGACCUAGGCAUUCGGUUUCAGCUGGCCACGCGGUACACGUCCUUUAUUGCAGUCGGUGGUGCUGCGGAGGAGGCACUUGGGGGAAGCAACCGCACUGUCAGCGCAAACUGCGGCCUGCCGCCACGGCCGCAGUUUGAGAACUCAGGCACGAUCUCAACUAAAGAGCUCUCGAGCGUGAUGCGCUGCUUGGGUCAGAACCCAACGGAAGCCGAGUUACAGGACAUGAUCAACGAAGUCGACUGCGACGGCACCGGGACCAUCGACUUCCCCGAGUUCCUUUCAAUGCAGGCGCGGAAGAUGAAAGACACGGAUGCAGAGGAAGAUCUCGUUGAAGCCUUUCGAGUCUUUGACACGCGGGGGGACGGCUACAUCUCUGCGGCGGAGUUGCGCCAGGUGAUGACGAACUUAGGCGAGAGGCUCGAUGACGAGGAGAUCGAUGAGAUGAUCCGGGAAGCAGACGUCGAUGGUGACCUAUUCGAGGAGGCCCCUGAGGAUGCUGUGACAGUGGAAGCGACGAGCCCAGAGGUUCUCCCAGAGCUCCUACAGUCCUUGGUCCUGCUGCAGGCCUUCGACGGCUCCUGGGAUCUCGACGUCGCCUUCGCUAGCCUCUUCCAUGUGGAGUUGGCGAGCUUGGCGCCACCGGUAGGCAUUGACUCUCGUGUGUGGGCCUCGUCUUUGGCGCUGUCGGUGCUGGCGCGCUGCUCAGGACAGAGCCAGUGGGACCUCGUUGCUGACAAGGCGCGUGCUUGGCUUCGACAGCAAGUGGCCGACUCCGACACUGUGUUGGCUCUUGCAGCCUCACAGCUGCCAAGCCUUCCGAAAGCACCAGGCCGCCAAGGUGCACCGACCCAGAGGAAGAAGGGCCCCGGCAAGAUCCGUUAUGACGAGUUUGUCAAGAUGAUGAUGGCCCGUUGA